CCUCAUACUGGAGAUAAGAUAAGAAUCCUGUCAUUACCAAAAUGGAAAGAAUGGUCUGUGCUUCAAUGACCAGGGGGCUCCUUCUGACCCCUGCUGCAGAUACGGUACGUAUCCAUUGGCCUGGAACUCGGUCCCCUCCACUCCACGCUUCCUGCUGUUGCGCGUUGGUGAGUGCAGGUGCUUUGUUGAUGUUCAAAGUUGACGGCGUGAAUUCCAUCCAAACUGCCACCGCCACUCGAAUGCGCCCCCCCUCUCCCUCCACCGGCCUCUCUGACUUCGGAAGGGAACAACCGAUGCCUCCGUCAUCUGUGUAAUUGAACGGCUGCUUUUUCCCGCCGGCACACCCACCAAAAGUUCAAUCUGCUGCGAGUCGCAUCGAAAACAUGCGCUUUGCGCAUCACGACGGGUUUGCCGAGAUUCACGAUGGGGUCGCCGUUUCGAAGCACCCGUCAUGACGCUUAUAAACUCUCCUCUUCGCCGAGCUUGCCAUCUCUGGACCAGAUCAAGUCUCAAUUCCCCAAGCAACCCCCCCUUAGAAGCCCCAUGGCUGCCACUUCCACACCAACACAUGCGAGCCACCACUUCGCCAACCCCUCGAGCUUCCUUCGCCAGGAACAACCUGCGAUCGACUUGACGACACCAUGUAGAGAUGAGCCGGUAACAACUCGACCACAAGAAGAGGAGGAGGAGGUCACAGUGAUAUCCAUUGCGAACGUACCCAGACCGAAACGCAAGAGAGGCGUCAAAGUCUUCGAGAAAAAGGCGUUUCAACCGCCUUCACCCUCCAAACCGAUCCAAGAUGCGUCUGCCAGUCCACCAUGGAAGAAGUAUGCGAAGCCCAAGAAACCAGCUGCAAAGUCUGAGAAAAAACCCAAGACUGCGAAGCCCAAGGCAGCAGCAAAGAAGAGUGGUGUUCAGAGUCGCCACUUUGCGAAGCCCAAGGUUGAAGGCAAAGAGGAUUCACCUUUACCACCACCAGAACCAGAGAAGGAUGCGAAUGAGCCAUUGGAGCUCGAGGCGGCACUGAGACGUCGUGUGGACUGGACACCGCCGCCAGCCGACAAUGGCAUGGCUUCAGGAUCGAAAUCUUCCCAGGCCAUCGACCUCCUCUCCUCGACUGUGGAAAGCCCAGGCCAUGCCGCGUCGAAGGAAACAUUUGACAAUCUUUUCGAAAAGUUUGGCCGGCCAGAUGAGGAAUUGAAGAAACCCUCGGUUGAGCCGUCCGAUGGCGACAGACGGGUGUUGAAGAAGAGGAAGUUGACCGAGACAUUGCCCAUCAACGAAUCGUCAAAAAUGGGGCCACCUCAGAAAGGGCCCUUGAAAGUAAAAGCACCGAGGAAGAAGCCGCGUACAAUCACCGAACUGGCCACGGCAGCCUAUGUAGUUCCAGACGCUACAGAACAGGAGCAGCCGUCUGCGCCUCCAGUCGAGAUUGUUGAGGACGGACCAGAGACUACGAAAACAAAGGGAAAGAAGAGGGCAUCCAAAGCAAAGAAACCGAAAAAGGUCCCUCCACCAGAACCCAUUCUGUUAUCACCAACUGCAGCCCUCAGACAAGCUGCGAAGCAAGAUUAUGUUUUCGGGACUUCGAGCCAGCUGGCACGUGAACACUCGCCCACUUUCCUUAGGGAUCUCCAGUCUGCGCUGCAGGCAUCAAAUUCCAAGAGAGAAGAUCGUUUCGUGACCCCGAUCAAUAGCGACGAGGUUGAGCCAGAACCCAAGCAAAAGCUUUGGGAUGUAGGCGCGAGAGACGAGGAUGGCAGGCUGCUGGACUUGGAAGUCAUCAAUCUAGCCGACACUCCACAGGCAGCACCCGGCGUCGCAGAUGGUCUCAACCCUUUUGGUUAUGCCGGAACCGAACAAAGAGUGGCAGCUCUGCCGGCUCACUUGCCAUCUGAUGUCUCUUUUCCUGACAUUGAAGACCUUCUGGCCAAGGAUAUGGCAAUCGACUUGCCGCCACAUCCUGUUGUUUCUACACAAGAGAAAAUAAAUGCGCCUUUACCAGCCCAUAUGUUGUCGGACAUGUCCUUUCCAGAUAUUGACGAUCUUCUGGGAAAAGAGACCGAUCAGGAUGGCAAGCCUCAGACUCAGAAACAAGCAUUACCCUCUUCGCCGCCCCCUAGGUCAGCUGAGAUCACAGUUCCGUCAGUCGAAGUGCUGUUGGUGUCUUCUGGUUCUGGACCAAAUCCUGAGGAAGUAGCUAGCACUCUGCCACCACUGGAGUCGCCGCCAGCACAAGCCUCGAAAGCGUCCAAGUCUGUAGCGACGGAGGAUACGGCCCCAGAGAUGGCGAAACCAGACUUCGGUCUCUACACUGACAACCAACUUGCGCGAGAGAUUUCGUCGUACGGAUUCAAACCAGUCAAGCGAAGGCAAGCUAUGCUCGCCCUUCUAGACCAGUGCUGGGUGGGCAAGCAAAGGACUGCCCUUUCAUCGCUUCCUACAAACCGCCCCAUCUCGACCACGUCCCAGGCACAAGCUGCUGCCAAGUCACAGAAACUAGCAGCUACCGCUUCUCCAAAGAGGCCGCGUGGUCGCCCGCGAAAGACUAGUUUAGUCGAAGCUGAAGCUGAAGUUGAAAUGCCUUCCAGUGAGCCGCCACCGUCCGCUCAGCAGCCAUCGCCGUCGCCCAAGCGAGGCCGUGGUCGACCAAGGAAGAAUCCUGAGUCGACGACAGCUACUCCCUCGACGGCCAGUAAGAAGGGCAAGUCGAAAGCAACACCUGGCGCAUCAAAAGAGCCCAAAGCAUCUAGGAAGGCGGCUUCGCCAGUGGCAUCACCGCCUCGGAAGAAAACGAAAGUAACAAAGGUCAUCGAGAUCCCGGACUCGGAAUCAGAAGGGCCGCUUUCCUUGUCACCCUCGCCAUGCUCUUCACCCGAGCCGACUUUCUCACCUGCUCCUGAAGAAGCUUCGGUGUCAAUUGGCGACGAUACAGAAAUGUCACUCGCAGCGUCCCAAAGCCAGCGAUCGGAAGUCUUGUUCGUGCGCAUCACUGAAGCUGUUACCUCGGCGCCCCCAACGACGGAUUCCAAGAACCCAUCCUUUCACGAGAUGAUGCUGAUGUAUGAUCCGAUUGUGCUUGAAGAUCUUGCUGGCUGGCUCAACACCGGACAAUUAUCCCGGGUUGGGUAUGACGGUGAGGUCUCGCCGUCGGAAGUGAAGCAGUGGUGUGAGUCAAAGAGCGUUUGUUGUCUGUGGCGCGAGAGCUUGAGAGGAAAGGAGCGGAAGCGGUACUGAUUCGGAGCCUACGUUAUGCAUUUACGAUACCCAUUGAAUAGUCUUGCAUUGAUUAGACACGGUCGUCACAAUAAGAUUUCUGGUGUUGAUUGAGAUGAGCCUCUGGCGCCAUCUCGAUAACACACCUUACAUCACACAACAUUAUGCUUCACUCAAGAUAAAUCCGGUUGAGAAACUGUGAUGUUCGAAUUGAUGUCCCCUUAUUGAGAUGAAAUGUGCGGUUAGGCCGCAUUGUCUGGCGUUGUAGUUGUUUUGAGAGUUAGCAGCAGGGCGCGGUCACAGGGCGCACACCGAACCUCGGCAAAAACGUCAACCCCCGCCGGGUCGG